CCACCUUAUUUUUGGCACUUCCAUUGGUCUUGCUUAUCUUCCGUUUCUACAUCAUUUCACCAAUAUUGUCCCAUUAACAUCCCAAAUUUUUCUGUAUGUUUUUCUCCAAUCAAUCCUGCAAAUCUCCACUCCCACAACGUCCUAGCUUCAUGUACCUUUCACCAAUGCGUUUAUCAUCACCAUAAGCCAUUCGAUGAUUUGUGUUUUUGACAUGGUAAUAGCACAUAGCUACCAGCCCUGCAUAUAGUUUUUCCAUGGCCGGUUCUUCCCAUCCGAGGAGGCCAGUAUCCUCCUCGGGAGGAGACGCUGACCGGCCCGUCAAGUUCGCCAACCGGACAUCCAGCGGACGUGUCGUAAGCCUCUCCCGUGAUGAUGAGCUUGAUACUCCAGGAGAUUAUGCCACCCAAAAUGAUUACAUUAAUUACACCGUCAUGAUGCCUCCCACCCCGGAUAAUCAGCCCGGUGACAAGCCUGACGGGCCAACCGUGUACCCUCCACCGUCGUCCAGGUUCCGUUCUGACGGACAAGGCCAUGUCAGAAUGGGCAGCCAUGCCAGUGACGCUGAUGGCGGCGCUGGUGGUGGCAAUUCUGCCGGGAAAUUGGACCGUAGAGUCUCAUUCUUGAAAAACAAUAAUAAAUCAAUGCUCUUGCGGAGCCAAACGCAAGACUUUGAUCACAACCGUUGGCUUUUCGAAACCAAAGGAAAAUAUGGCAUUGGAACUGCCUUCUGGCAAGAAGAUCAAUUUGGUAAUGAUACAGGGAUGAGUAUGCAGGAUUUCAUGGACAAGCCCUGGAAGCCACUCACCAGGAAAAUUCAUGUUCCUGCUGCCGUUCUCAGCCCUUACAGAGUACUCAUUGUGAUCAGAAUGGUCGUACUGGCCUUCUUCCUUGCAUGGCGGAUACGCAACCCGAACCGAGAGGCAAUGUGGUUGUGGGGCAUGUCUAUCGUAUGCGAAAUAUGGUUUGCAUUUUCAUGGCUACUUGAUAUACUGCCCAAGUUCAAUCCCAUAAACCGAACAGCAGACCUGGCUGCCCUGAAAGACAAGUUCGAGACGCCUUCUCCGUCCAACCCUAAGGGCCGGUCGGAUCUUCCAGGCAUUGAUGUAUUUAUAUCUACAGCUGAUGCUGAGAAGGAGCCUCCGCUCGUCACAGCCAACACAGUUUUAUCCGUCCUUGCGGCUGAGUACCCGGUCGAGAAGCUGGCCCUCUACAUAUCGGAUGAUGGUGGUUCAAUUCUUACAUUUGAGGCCAUGGCUGAGGCUGUCAAGUUUGCUGAGUUAUGGGUGCCAUUCUGCCGGAAGCAUGACAUUGAGCCAAGAAAUCCAGACAGUUACUUCAGCCAAAAGACAGAUCCAACAAAAAACAAGAAACUGCCCGAUUUUGUGAAGGACCGUCGGUGGAUCAAGAGAGAAUACGACGAGUUCAAGGUGAGAAUCAAUGGUCUGCCGGACGUUAUAAAAAAACGGUGCAAGAUGUACAACAAAAAUGAAGAAAUGCAAGAAAAGAAGCGCAUCAAAGAGAAGAACGAGGGCGAGCUGCCCCCUGAUGAAAAGAUUGAAUUCACCAAAGCCACAUGGAUGGCUGACGGCACUCAUUGGCCUGGAACAUGGUACGAUUCUGCACCCGAUCACGCCAAGGGAGACCAUGCUGGGAUUUUACAGAUAAUGAGCAAGGUGCCUGAAUAUGAUCCAGUACUGGGAGGUCCGGACGAAGGGAGGUUGGAUUUUACUGGUAUAGACAUCCGGAUUCCCAUGUUUGCGUAUGUCUCACGAGAGAAACGCAAAUGUUACGAUCAUAACAAGAAGGCUGGAGCCAUGAAUGCUCUGGUGAGGGCAUCUGCUAUAUUAUCAAACGGACCGUUCAUUCUGAACUUGGAUUGUGACCAUUAUGUCUACAACUCUAUGGCAUUUAGAGAAGGAAUGUGCUACAUGAUGGACCGUGGUGGUGAUCGUAUCUGCUAUAUACAGUUCCCACAAAGAUUUGAGGGAAUAGAUCCCUCAGACAGAUAUGCUAAUCACAACACCGUCUUUUUCGAUGGAAAUAUGAGAGCCCUGGAUGGUCUCCAGGGUCCAGUCUAUGUUGGAACUGGAUGCAUGUUCCGCCGAUAUGCACUCUACGGUUUUCCUCCACCAAGAGCAAAUGAAUAUACCGGCGUGUUUGGACAAAUUAAGACUCCAGCAAAGACUAUCCCGAGCGACGAAGAGGAGCCCUUGACAGAGGAUCAUCCAGACUUGAACCUACCGAAGAAGUUUGGGAGUUCAACCAUGUUCAAUGAUUCUAUCGCUGUUGCUGAGUUUCAAGGACGCCCACUUGGAGAUCAUUUCUCUGUCAAGAACGGCAGGCCUCCCGGUGCUCUGAUCACCCCACGCCCCCCACUCGACGCCCCUACCGCAGCUGAGGCAAUUGCUGUCAUUUCAUGCUGGUUUGAGGACAACACAGAGUGGGGAGACAGAGUAGGUUGGAUUUAUGGAUCAGUGACAGAGGAUGUGGUGACAGGCUACCGCAUGCACAACCGCGGCUGGCGGUCCGUCUACUGCAUCACGAAGCGGGACGCGUUCAGAGGCACGGCCCCAAUCAACCUGACUGACCGUCUCCACCAAGUACUCCGAUGGGCCACGGGAUCCGUCGAGAUCUUCUUCUCCAGAAACAACGCCAUACUCGCCACCCGACGUCUCAAGUUCCUGCAACGGAUAGCGUACCUAAACGUCGGCAUCUAUCCUUUCACCUCCUUCUUUCUCGUCACCUACUGCUUCCUCCCCGCCUUCUCCCUCUUCUCCGGCCACUUCAUCGUGCAAUCGCUGAACAUCGCGUUCCUCUCCUACCUCCUCAUCAUCACGCUCACUCUCGUCUGCAUCUCCCUCUUGGAGGUGAAGUGGUCCGGCAUCGCCCUAGAGGAGUGGUGGCGAAACGAGCAAUUCUGGGUCAUCGGCGGCAGCAGCGCCCACCUCGUGGCGGUGCUGCAAGGCCUUCUCAAGGUGAUCGCCGGCAUCGAAAUAUCCUUCACGUUAACAUCAAAAUCAGCAGCUGAGGAUGAAGACGACAUCUACGCCGAUCUCUACGUAGUAAAAUGGACUGCCCUCUUCGUGGUGCCAUUGAUGAUCAUAGUUGUCAACCUUGUGGCCCUUGUGAUCGGCCUAGCAAGACAGAUCUACAGCGUGAUUCCUCAAUGGGGAAAGCUGUUCGGAGGAGCGUUCUUCAGCUUCUGGGUGCUGGCUCACAUGUACCCAUUCGCAAAGGGAUUGAUGGGGAGGAAGGGAAAAGUGCCGACAAUCAUAUACGUCUGGUCAGGCCUCAUCUCCAUUACAGUUUCUUUGUUGUGGAUUGUCGUCAACCCUCCGCAGGGGAACACCAGAAAUGAUGCAACUGCGUUUAACUUUUGAGAAUGUAGGUAUGUACAUGUACAUGUACGUAUGUAUGUAUACUAUGAGAAAAUGCACUGUAUCUAACUAUGAUCAGUACUUGGACUCAUUUUUGCAUAGUUUCUGUAUAUCCUCUACUUCAUUUGAAGGAAAAGGGUAAACCACAUUUUUUCGAUAUUGCACUUUGUGCCCAUGUUUUUGACAAAUUAGUAGAAUGACCACUAAACAUUUCUUAAAUAUAUCCAAACACCGUCUAAUUCUAAUC